UCUUCAUCAAAACUGAUCCACCACCCGGUGUUCAAUCACAAACACAAGAACGUAUAUAUAUAAACACACACAAUAUAUAUAUACGUUUCCGUGUAUAUAUUCUUAUUCACACAAUGUCAAUCAAUCCCCAUAUGAAUUUCCUCGGCACGAUCUUCCUCCUCUUACUCCUUGCCGCCUCAAGCCAAAGCGCGGCAGCGUUGAAGCUUUCCCUCGGCGACCCUUGCACGGUGGCGGAUUUUCCGGGAUUAUGCAGAGGCACCAUAAAGGGUCAAACAAAUGUGAACGCAGCGACGGAUGUGGCCAUAAGAGAGCUAAUGAAGAGGACGAGGCAUGCCAGAGAUAUCGCCAAGAAAGAGGUGAAACGCGACGGAAAAGUCGCGACAUGUUUGUCCAACUUCAACAGCGCGUUUGACAAUUUGGAAAAGGCUCUAAACAACAUUAAGGAAAAUGAUGGUUUUAGCCUUAACAUUAACCUUAGCGCUGCGUUAACGGACUACGACACUUGCAGCGAGACAAUGAAGGGAACUUUGGAGAUUAACAACGUCGUUUAUAAAUCCGCAGGCGUUUUGUACCAAAUGGCUGAUAAUUGUUUGGCGCUUUCUACCCUCGUUAAACAAUAAUUUAUUGAGGAGAAUUGGGGGUUACGGGAAGAGAAAUAUAUAUUAUUUGAUUUUUAUGGGUUUAUUUACUUGUUAUAUUUUCUCUAAUG